AUGCAGGGUUUCUACCGCAGUCGGUACUCUGUAAACGGCGAGACGCGCUACAUGGCGACGACCCAGUUCGAAUCCACCGAUGCCCGUCUGGCAUUCCCCUGCUGGGACGAACCGGCUCUCAAAGCGCGCUUCCGCGUGUGGCUGACCACCCCUGUGGGUUUUACCGCGGUGAGCAACAUGCCAGUGGUGAAGAAGCUGACGAUCGAAGACCACGGCGAGGCGAAGAACGUUUUCGAAUUCGACGAAUCUCCGAUCAUGUCGACGUACCUUCUGGCGUUCGUGGUGGGCGAGCUGGACGUGAUCAGCGGCUAUUCGAAGGAGGGCGUGAAGGUGAGCUGCUACACGCCGCUUGGCAAAAGCGAAUGGGGCGAGUUCGCGCUGAAGGUCGGUCUCCACGCGAUUUCCUUCUACGCUGAUUUCUUCCAUGUUCCUUACCCUCUCAAGAAACUCGACCUUCUCCCCAUCCCCGAUUUUGCCGCGGGAGCGAUGGAGAACUGGGGCUGCGUCACGUUCCGCGAGGUAGAUCUGCUGAUCGACUCGAAAACGGCGGCGAUCGCGAACAAACAGCGCGUUUCGCUGGUGGUGGCGCACGAGAUCGCGCAUAUGGUGAGCGAAAUUUUGCGAAAUGAUGAUGAAAAGUGGUUCGGCGAUUUGGUAACGAUGGAAUGGUGGACGCAUCUGUGGCUCAACGAGGGCUUCGCGUCGUACAUGGAGUACGUCUGCGUCGAUGCGCUGUUCCCCGAGUGGCACAUGUUCACCGAGUUCUACAACGACUCCUUCUGCACCGCCUUCUACGACGACUCUCUCCGAUCCACGCAUCCUAUCGAAGUUCCCGUCCAGACUCCCGACGAAAUCGACCAGAUCUUCGACGGGAUCUCCUACAAUAAAGGCUCCAGCGUGAUCCACCAGCUCGUCAGCUUCAUCGGCACCGCGCAGUUCCGCAAGGGCAUGGAGAUCUACCUCAACCGACACAAGUUCGGAAACACCUGCACCGAGGAUUUGUGGAGAGCGCUCGGCGAGGGCAGCGGCUACGACUGCGAAGCCAUCAUGAAGAAAUGGACGCAAUCGCCGGGCUACCCGCUGCUAAUUCUCGCGGAGAAGGACGGACACAUCGUGUCCUCGCAGCAGCGCUUCUACAGCAACCCUGCCGAGCCGGCGGAGCCAAGCGACUGGGAAAUCCCGCUGGCGAUCGUGACGCCGUCGCGAACGGAGCAGUUUUUGUACACCAACGCGCGGUCCGCGGAGUUCGACGCGCUCCUGGAAGAGCGUCUGGCGUCGGAGCGCUGGGUGAAAGUGAACCAGAACACGCUCUGCCUGGUGCAGUACCCCGAGACCAUGCAGAAGCGCCUCGAGGACGCGGUGCGAGCCAAGGAACUGGGCGCACUGGACCGCAUCCAGCUGGUUCUCGACCUCAAGCGGCUCUGCAACGCGCAGCGCGUCAAGCCCGCGCACGUGCUCAACUUCCUGCGCUGCUACCAGGCCGAGGACGACUGGUCCGUCCUCGAGGUCGUCUGCAGCCUGCUGGCCCAUUUCUACGCGUUUAUCGACGAAUCCGAUACCGAGCUGCGCGCCAAAUUCCAGCAAUUCGCGCGGUCUCUGAUCGAAACGCCCUUCAAGCGCUGCGGCUGGGACCCCGUCGACGACGAAACUCCCCAUUGCUCUGCAUGUCGUCCGCUGAUUCUGGGUCUGCUGUGCUCGGUGUGCGAGGAUGCCGCGGUGAAGAGCGAGGCGUUCCGACGUUUCCAGGUGUGGGUGAAGAGCGGUGACGGUGUGAUUCAGUUAAUUUUAUAA